AUGAGCGCGAAGGCAUGGGCCUCGUGGUUGGACAGGCUAGAGAGUGCACGCGGGCAGGAACAAGUGCUGUCCAGCAAGAUCCGUACGGGCAACUCGGGUGCUAUCGGCACUAGCGUCUUUGCGCUGCAGCAGAGCGUUUCACGGCUCAAACGGGACUUCGACCAACUCAAGCGAUCCUCCAGCUCAGUGACAAAGGAGGAGAUCGAGCGGCGUGAGCGACUGCUCAACCAGUUAUCACGGGACCAGCAAGAGGACUUGGACAUGUAUAAUAGCCGGAAGACUUCUAAGGCUACGGUGAGUCCUGGAGCAGCGGACGCACCAGCGCGACUGCUGAGCAUGCAGAACCAGAUUAUGAAGGACCAGGACCAGCAACUGGAUUUGAUCGGCCAGGGUGUAUCUAAUCUGCGCAACUACAGCCUGACUGUCAAGGACGAGACCGAGCUGCACGUGCGACUUCUGAACGAGAUCGACGACGAUGUGACUCGCGUCACGGACGGACUUGAGUCCGAGGGCGCUCGAGCAGCACGGGUGGCCAAGCAAAGCAACAACACCAAGCUCUACCUCAUCAUCCUCGUGCUCGUGGUGAUCCUCAUCUUCCUCCUCUUGGCUGGUGGAUAG